GGGCAGCGGCUCCAUCACGCAGGGCACGCCCACUCAGAUGGGCGGCGACGUGGCCGCCUUCCUGCACCAGGGCGCGCACCACAUGCACGUGCUGAACGUGCACAGCCACCGCAGCCUCACCAACUCGCCCAUCAGCAAUCCAGGCAGUCCGGGCCUGGACAUGAUCCAGGAGGAGGCCGCCCAGCUGGCGCCGCCCUUUCCGCCCAAGCCCGAGGGCCACCCCCAGAUCUCCGUCACCGACGUUCUAGGGAGCGAGAUCACGCUGGUGGCCGGCUCCGACACGUCGGAGGACUCGAUGGACAGCCUGGAGGGCGGGGGGCGCGUGGCGCGCAUCCCCUCCUUCGUGAUCAGCGAGCCGCUGGAGAACACGCCCAGCAUAACGCGCGGCAUCGGGCGCAAGACCAGCCAGGAGGGGGAGGCCAGCGGCGCGCCCGCCCCACAUUCCGAGGAGCUGCAGCUGCAGCUGCGGCGCAGCUCCUGCUACUCGGACGACUCGCUGUCCAACGACAGCGUGAGCAUCGGCAACCAGAGCCCGAGCAGCUCGAGCAACACGCAGUCGAGCCACGCGUGCGAGGGCGACUACCGCAGCCGCGCCAUAGACAGCGCGCAGCUGAACCGCGAGCUGAGCAACGCGGGCGGCCCCGCGCAGCACUUCCAGAUAUUCCAGGAGCUGAAGCUGAAGCUGGGCGAGCCGCCCGACGGGGGCGGCGCCCCCCACAAGACCUCGUCCGGCUCGUUCGAGUUCGAGCUGAGCGACUUCUGCUCGAAGCUGCACGCCAACGACAUCCUGGAGAUGGUGAAGCGCACCAUCCACGACCAGAUCCAGCCCAAGCAGCUGCUCAGCCUGAACGACGUGAACGAUCGGCUCAGCUUGGAGUACGAGGGCGGCAUCCAGAUCGAGCUCAAGGUGGUGGAGAAGCCGCGCGACUCCAAGGGGCUGAAGCUGCGCCGCAUCUCGGGCGACCAUCUCGUCUACAGCCAGCUCUGCCAGCAGCUGAUCUCCUGCAUGACUGUUUCCUAGCGCUCCAGCUAGUUCUUCUGCGUUCCAUUCACCCCACUGUAUAUAGUGUAACUUGUGAUAGACCUCAAACGUGGGGGGCGGCCCGGCCGCCCCCACCUCCUUAUGUACAUAGCAUUAAUUAGAAUAUAAUACAAUGUAAAGGAUGUACAGAG